GUGCCUGCCGGAGAGCCCGGCCGUAGGGGCGGGGAGUCUCCUCCUCCUCCCGCAGCGAGGCUCUGGCUCCCCGCACGCACCGGAGCGCCCGACUCCCUCCUCCUGCUCCUCGUCCCUCCUCCCUUCCCCUCCUCCCCCCCUUCCCUCCCCGGGUCGCCGCGGCUCCGGGAGGAGCGGGGGGGGCUCCCUGCUUCCUUCCCUCCCCCCCUCCUUCUCCCACCCGCCACGCCGAGGAGAGGCAGGGUGAUGGAGCACUGGAACAGGUGGUCCAAAAAAGUUGUGGAGUCUCUGACCUUGGUGAUAACUCAAAACCCAGCUGGACACAGCCCUGAGCAACUUGCUGUUGUUGACAUGGCUUUGAGCAGGGCAGUUGGAGUAGAUGACCUCCAGAAGUCCCUUCCAGCUUCAGCUGUUCUGUGAUUUUUUUUCAUGAAAGGAUUUAAGAGGGCCACAACAAAGCAGCCAUGGGGUGCAUUAAAAGCAAAGAAGAUAAAGGUCCAGCCAUGAAAUACAGACCUGAUAAUACUCCAGAACCUGUUAUUUCCCAUGUCAGCCAUUAUGGAUCAGACUCCAGCCAAGCAACACAGUCGCCGUCAAUAAAGGGAUCAGCAGUUAAUUUUAAUAGUCAUUCCAUGACUCCUUUUGGAGGGCCCUCAGGAAUGACACCCUUUGGAGGAGCAUCAUCUUCAUUUUCAGUUGUGCCAAGUCCAUAUCCUAGUACUUUAACAGGUGGUGUUACUGUAUUUGUGGCCUUAUAUGAUUAUGAAGCUAGAACUACAGAUGACCUUUCAUUUAAGAAAGGUGAACGGUUCCAGAUAAUAAAUAACACGGAAGGAGACUGGUGGGAAGCCAGAUCCAUUGCUACGGGAAAAACGGGCUACAUCCCAAGCAAUUAUGUAGCUCCUGCAGACUCCAUUCAAGCAGAAGAGUGGUAUUUUGGUAAGAUGGGCAGGAAAGAUGCAGAAAGGCUACUUUUAAAUCCUGGGAACCAGCGUGGUAUUUUCUUAGUAAGGGAGAGCGAAACCACUAAAGGUGCUUACUCCCUUUCCAUACGUGACUGGGAUGAGGUCAGAGGAGAUAAUGUGAAACACUACAAAAUCAGAAAACUUGACAAUGGCGGAUACUAUAUCACAACCAGAGCACAAUUUGAGUCUCUACAGAAGUUGGUGAAACACUACAGAGAACAUGCCGAUGGGCUGUGUCAUAAGCUAACAACUGUGUGUCCCACUGUGAAACCACAAACACAGGGACUGGCGAAAGAUGCCUGGGAAAUUCCUAGAGAAUCUUUGAGGCUGGAAGUUAAGUUGGGCCAAGGAUGUUUUGGUGAAGUAUGGAUGGGAACGUGGAAUGGAACCACAAAAGUAGCAAUCAAGACACUAAAACCUGGUACAAUGAUGCCAGAAGCUUUCCUGCAGGAGGCUCAGAUCAUGAAGAAGUUACGACAUGACAAACUUGUUCCGCUAUAUGCCGUUGUUUCUGAGGAACCAAUCUACAUCGUCACUGAAUUCAUGACAAAAGGCAGCUUGCUAGACUUCCUUAAAGAAGGAGAAGGGAAAUACUUAAAACUCCCACAGCUGGUUGACAUGGCUGCUCAGAUUGCUGAUGGCAUGGCUUACAUUGAAAGAAUGAACUACAUCCACAGGGAUCUCCGGGCAGCUAACAUUCUUGUGGGAGACAAUCUUGUGUGUAAAAUAGCAGACUUUGGUUUAGCAAGGUUAAUAGAGGACAAUGAGUACACUGCAAGACAAGGAGCUAAAUUUCCAAUUAAAUGGACCGCUCCGGAAGCAGCAUUGUACGGUCGGUUUACAAUCAAGUCAGACGUGUGGUCAUUUGGAAUUUUACUGACAGAGCUGGUAACAAAGGGGAGAGUGCCAUAUCCAGGGAUGGUGAAUCGGGAAGUGCUGGAACAAGUGGAGCGUGGAUAUCGGAUGCCUUGCCCACAAGGCUGCCCAGAGUCUCUCCAUGAGUUAAUGAAACUGUGUUGGAAGAAGGACCCUGAUGAGAGACCAACAUUUGAAUAUAUACAGUCUUUCUUGGAGGACUACUUUACUGCUACAGAACCACAGUACCAGCCUGGAGACAAUUUAUAAGCCACCAGUCUAUAUAACGUGCACAAAUCUGCCAAAUGUAAAAGACUUGCAAGGAAUUCCUGACAUCUAUAAGGAAUCAAAGGAAAGAAAAUCUUCGCUACUUUGCAUGCUCUUAAUGGCAAACUGGAAUUUCAUAAUGCAGUUGCACAAAACCACUUUUAAAGUGUUAUAAUCUAAUUUACCAAUGACAUGUUUUUGUUUUGUUUUGUUUUUUUUUUCCUUUCCUCUUUCCCAACUUAUUUUCCGGGUCCAAAGGAAGCUUACCGAAAAUGCGGGGUAGAAAAAUGAGUGUUGGUGUGAACAAUAGCAGAAAAACCAAUCUUUCAAAUCCUUUAUUUUCUCAACAUUUGAUAAUCAUUCGACUGAAAAGGGAAUUGUCUGGAAUUAGUGAUCUUGGGGUAAGAUGUUUUUUAAAGCAGAAGAACUUUGUGGGACCAAGCAAUUCUAUUCCAGUUCUGUAAAACUCCCUGUGUUCAAAAUUACAUGUGUACGCCCCCCACUCUCCCCCACCCCCCCCCAAAAAAAAGGUGGUACAACUGUAUUUGAUAUAUAGUCUUGAUUUUUAAGCUUCCUCUUGCAUGGACUUAAUUAGGGUAGGCAGGUUAAAAGGGAAAUUGGAACAGUGAAUGACAAACUUGAUCUAAAUGGUAGACCUCGAUAGUGAAAUUAGAGAGCGUAAUGCACUGUGUUAAUACUUGCGUUAAUAUAACUGGAAAGUAGCAUGAGAGAUUUUUUUCUUUUUUUCUUUCUGCAUAGCUAAUUAAGAAUAAUGGAGGUAACCAGAAAAGGAGGUGAUAUCUUAUAAAAUUGUGUUGAUAAGGUAUGAUGAUAUUUGAACUUGAAGCUAUGUAAUACAAUCAGGGGGGAAAGCCUUUAAUCUUUUAAGCUCCAAUCCAACAGUGAGCUUUCAUAUGGGAAGACUACCUGCACAAAGCUCACCAGGAAAGCAAGACUGAAGCUGGUAAAUGGCCACUUUUUAGUCCUUUUUCAGAGACAGGUUUGGUACUGUUGUUACGUGGCUUACAUGUGUUAACGAGGGUGGGUGCCACAAAUGCUAGCUGUCACUAGUUCAGGGAUUUGAUUGCACUUUUGCUUUUCUUGACUAUUAAGACACACUUACACGUAGUUGCUCUUCCCAUUUCUGCCCUUCCUACAGAAUUAUUUAACUAAAAAUAAACAAAAGAAAAUGUGAAAGUUUAAAAAUUCAAGGGAUAAAAUAUAUUUAAUAUUGUCCAAAUAUAGUGACGUUGAAAUUUGCUGGCAUUCAGCCCAGCUGACACUACACCUAGAUUUAUUUUCUUUGGCUACUGACAUAUCAAGCAAUAACAUCAUGUCUUUUACUGAACAACUUGCAUGAGGUUCUUGAAUUUCUGAUCAAGCUUAUGUACUUCAAUUUUGAAACACUAAACUCUUACUUAGCUACCAGGUCGGAAUUCACGUUAUCAUUGUAAAGCUAUCCAACGAAUGAAUUUCAGAAAAGCUGGUAAUAUAGUUCUGGUACUAAACUUAACCUUCUUCAUGGGUUUACACUUCAUUGAAUCCAUCUACCAAACAGAUCUUUGUAAGAACAGUGCCAUCAUUUUUCAUUUUCCCUCAUCAUCACUCAUCACCUAUACAUCUGUGGUUAUCAAAUUUUAAAAGGGCUUUAUGUAAGAAAAAGAAAAAAACCACAAACAAAAAUAAUCAAAAACCCAAAAAUACAAUGAAAUUUUAAUUUUUCUAAAUAUUUUAAAAUGAAUAACACAAUCAUAUGAGUUUAUGUAUUAAUAGUUAUAACAAAAAAUGCCAAAAAUUACACUGGCAUUGUUUGGAUUUUUAAUUACUGAAUGGAACAGUUCAUUGUAAUAACACUUGUAUAGUAAAGGAAUAAAACACUAACUUAAUGAACGUGUUCAUUGUAAAUGGUUGUGUAUUAUAAGACUUCUCCAAAAGAGUUUGUAUGUUUAUGAAAAUUUAUUUGUUUCACCUGAAGACCUUGAUGUGGUUCUUACCCUAACAGAGUUUAAAAUUCACAUUCACACUUUUUAUAUAAAUAGUAAUAAGUUUAAUUAUGUAACUAAGUAUUUUUAUAAAGUAUGGCAUUGUUGAACUGUUUUGCAGAAUUCGUUCAAAAUAAAUUUCUCCUUGAUUGCAUCUGCUUAUUUGAGGAGGGGGAGGGAAGGCGGGAGCGGGACUAAAGCAGAGUAGCCUUCAUAUUGAGGGGAAAAGGAGGGGAAUAAAACCUUCAUGAGUUUUGCGUGUAUUUUUAUCCUCUGUAAACUGUUUUAAUGUACUUUCAUACACGAUGCUGAGUUCACGGCGCAUUAUUGCUGUGAAAAGGGAGACAUUUUCUAGAGCAAUUCUGAAGUCCUUGGCAGCAGUAGGCUAAAACGAUUCUGUCUAGACUUAAAACUGGCCCCCGUGAUGGACAGACAAACAGACUUGGGAUUCUUGUGAGAGCAAGUCCAGCGUAGACUCUCGGCUGGCGUUCGCUGCCGCGCUGUAGGGCAAACACAUUUCCUCUCUCUCGCUUUAUCUGGUAUUAGCAGCCACUGUUGACUUCUGUGCAAUUCUUCAGGGAAUUUUACACAUUUGUUCAUGUGAUAGCUGAUGUUUUAUCUCACCUUCACUGAAUGUUACCUGUUUCAAUGACCAGUACAGCUCAGACCACAAAUCCUGACAUGUGUAUACAGUGCUGCUGUAGAUUAAGGAGCUAGUACCAUUUGAGUUUCAAUAAUAACCAAUACAGCACUAAACCUGUUCUUUUACAGAACCUACAAACCACAAAGUUUACUGUAUUUUUAGUAUUUCCUGUAAUGUAAUGAAUGUUUUGCUAUUUUUAAUGAGAACGAUCAUGUAAUUUCUGGUAAUCUGUACUCUCCCUGUUGUCCAUCAGAACCUUGUGAUACCUGUUCUGCAUGCUAGGCCUGCAGAUCGUUUGUCAUGUGUUGUUUCAAGCUGUAGUAUCUUAAUAUUUUCAUACUAUUUUUGAGUAAACUUCCAAACAUAAAAAUGUAUACAAUCCUACUAUUUAGAUAAAAUACAUCCCUCUUUUAGCAUAAAGCAGUAUGAACAGAACCUUAUUUGUUCUUAUCCUUGCAACCACUGAAUUGUCAUUUCACUAGGCUUAUGGGUAGCUCUUACCACUGAAAAAUAGCCUUGGAAAGUUUUUUGGGGGUUUUGUUGGGUUUGGGGUUGUUUUCCUUAAAAAAAAAAAUAAAAAUUCUCUUACCUGAUGGGUAGAAACAAGCCGGAAUGCUAUCUUACCCCUAGUCAUCUACAAUACUGUUUAUUCUGAAACACAUUAUCCACAGCUGGAAUGAAUAUAAAUGAAUAUAACUAAACUUAAUGAGCCCCCACUUUUGUUAUUUAUUUUGAUAUGUUCAAUCCAAUAAACGUCUCCGGUUUUUAAGUUUUUUGUGAA